UAAUAACGUUCGACCUAAAUAUUUUCAUUUAGUUUUCGGUUUUGAUUUCAAUAAAUUAUCCAAAAUGUGGUUAGUUAGUCAGCCGAAUUCUGUGAUUUUGGAAGUCAAAGUGGACCCCAACUCUAUUGGACAAGAUUGUCUGGAAAAAGUUUGUGAGAAACUGGAAAUCGGUGUCGAGUCUGAUUACUUCGGGCUAAGAGUAUGCCACGGAUCAGGACCUGGAAGAUGGCUGAACUUGAGAAAUCCCCUCGACCCGCAUCGUAUCCCCGGCGGUCGUCUUGAACUUCGCGUCAAGUUCUGGGUACCACCACAUCUUCUCAUCAAUGAACCAACGCGGCACCAACACUACUUACACGCGAAACUAGACCUUAUUGAAGGCAGACUAGUCGUCGCCGAUCAAGAAGUCGCUCGACGUAUCAUAGCGUACAUAGCCCAAGCAGAGACUGGAGACUGCGACGUGGAUAUGCCUCCCACACAUAUCUACGAGGAGUGCAACAAAAUAGGACCGCAAGGCGUCAAACCUGAUGAUCAUGUAGACAAGAUCAUCGAAUACCAUUGUGAGAUAGCAGGCAUGCGAGCAUCACAGGCGGAAUACAGACUACUAAAAGAAAUAUCGAAACUCGAGUCGUUCGGUGAAGAACUAUUCUUCUGCAAGCCAGUUACACAGAGUAACAACGCUCACAACCUCUACAGCCACUUGCUGUAUCACAGGCAACAAGUAGAAGAGCCUAGAGCGAGGGACGAACAGGAGAUAGACGGUGGAGGAACCGUCGGCUGCUUGACUUCGGGACAGAACGUUGGUGGCUGCGGCUGUCGGCUUAGCACGUGCGUCGGUGUCGGCCCGCACGGUAUCGUCGUGUACCGCCCCGCCUGCAACGGAGACCAGGAUAUUGGUGUAGAAAAACAAAGCAUCCCAUACACGGCAAUCCACCGCGCGCAACCAUUACGCCGUCUGUUCCAGCUGUCGUACGUAACUGGCGAGGGUCACGAAGCGACACUACACGUCAAGAUGGCGACCUCAGGUCAAGCGGCCGCGCUCUACCGCGCUGUGACAGAGAAGCACGCUUUCUAUUGCUGCGAGACUGUGCGCAGUGACGUCACAGAACAGUUCAUCAGAGAUCUCAAGGGUACAAUAGCUUCUAUAUUCAACGAUUCAUCAACGUUGGGUCGUCGCUACGUGUUCGAUAUCAGACGCACGUGUCGCGAGGUACAUGACCGGGCACGCCGCGCUGCGCACGCACACGCGCACGCACACGCGCACGCACACGAGCCGCGCACUCGACGUAGAUCGGGAAGUAACCACGAGGAUGGAUUGCCGCGUUCACGCAGCAGCAGCAGCAGUGAGAGCGGAGGUCGCGGGGCCAGCAGUGGUGAGGUGCUGGCUUGCCGCGUUUGUAUGGACGCCGCAAUUGACACACUACUUCUACCUUGUCGCCACGUCGUCUGCUGCCAGAACUGCGCGCCCAGAUGCAAUCGUUGCCCGCUGUGUAGAUGUGAAAUAGAAAAGCUAAUGCACAUAUACCUGCCCGUUGAAUACCAGAAGAGUCCUGGAGUCAUAAUAAAAUGAUCGAUAGAUCAAAUCGAAUCGAAGACUCGACUAUGUAACGGCAAAACGAAUACGAAAAAUCGUUUUUGGGAUUACUGCACGCUUUUCCCGCCAUUGCGCUCGUGUGACAGCUGUCAAAGUUGACAGUUUGACGUUAACGCCAGUGUCUAUGGUAUUGAUUUAUAAUGAACGCGUUCAUUUAAAUUGGGAUCAAAAAUUUUAAAAGUGUUUGAAAAUAACAUUGAAUUCGUGACACAGUGUGAAAAGUGAAUAUGAAAUGGAAGAAAAAACUCAAAAGACUACAUAAUGUGUGAUUGUCUGUCUAGUCAAAAAUGUUGACUUGUUUAAUGCAUUUUUUUAUACUUUGUAUUGUCUAAUAGAGUGCCUCUUGUACGGAAUGAAAGCCAUUCCAAUAUUUCACCAACAACAAUAAAAUAUAUUUGGUACUUAUUAUCU